GUAGGGUAGGGAGGCGGUGGUGAGGGAAGGGCGGGUGCGAGUCAGGAGAGGGAGGGAGGGAGUCGUCGUCGUCGUCGUCCUCAUCGAUUUCGUCGCUGCCGUCCUCAUUGAUUUCGUGGUCCUCAUCUUUUUUUCCAGCUGGGAAACUCAACGUCUCCCCGGUGAACCUAGUGAAUGAUUUUUUUUCCCCACUAAAUAUUUGGAGCUUGAAAUGCCGUGAUAUACAAUGACUAUGGCAAUGUUGCCGUUGUUGAGAUGAACACUGAAUCUGAUGCUGAGAGAGCCAUGUCUGAACAUCUCGUGAGCUUGAUGCUCGUUUUCUUUAAUAUCACUUCAAACAUAUGCUUUGUCUCUUUUGUGUGUGGCUGAUUGUAUCUAAUUUCUUUUGGGUAUAACAAUGCAAAUAGUUGACCCUCAAGGACAUAAAUGGACUAGUUGAUCAGAAUGCGCAGCUCAGGAGCCUUGUUCAGAAUCUUUCUGACCAGCUUGAAAAUAGAGAAAUGGAGUUCAAGGUUGGUGUGAGUUUCAAUGUUUGAGAAUUUUGAAAUGGAGAUCAAGAAACACACUGAUGAAGCUGCAUCUAGAGUGGCGGCAGUGUUACAAAGAGCUGAAGAACGAGGGUGCAUGAUUGAAUCCCUUCACACCUUUGUAAACUCUUCGCGAGUAGAUGGAGUAGCAUUAAAGUAUUUUUCUUCAAUGCAAAAAAUUAGUGUGGUACAACUUAAUUAUUUUUUGCAGAAGAAGGAACUGACGUCAAGCUUCUCCUUGAGAGUUCUCAGGUAUUGUGAUCAUGGGAUAUUGUCCAAGGAAGUGCAUGUUUGGUAUUGUUGUUACUUGGUAAUUUGUACUGCUAUAAAAUAUGAUAGAAAAUAUGAACUAAUGUGGGAAGCUACAAGAAAGGCUCAAGACCAGGCUGCAGAACGAGUGAAAUGUUUAGAGGAAGAUCUGGCAAAGACCAGUUAUUAUUGUCAUAAUCUUGGCGCCUACUAUUAUUCUGACUCGUUACAAUCGUCGAGCGGACCAGAACAGAGGCAGUUUUGCUCUCCUUUUUGGUUAGUUUGUUAUAAGCUCUGUCAACCUCAUGUAUUUAGUUGCUUAUUCAAGAAGAAAACAUGAAUUAAAAAUAAGCACUAGGAAUUGGCUUUACUUUCAUAGAAGAAAACAUGUAUUAGGAAUUGUUGUUUUCAUUAUUCGUAUGAAUUGAUUGUUUGUAGAACUAAAUUGUAAAAGCUUGUUUGUAAUAUUUGAAUUUGUUCUUUUUUUAUUUUAA